AUGGCAGAGCCAGUUGAUUUCUGCGUUUUCAGCGUUCUGGUAACAGGAUCCGAUCGGGGGAUCGGUCUGGGUCUGGUGAAGAGGUUUCUGGAGCUGCCUUCUCCACCCAAAUGGGUCUUUGCUACCACCCUUGACCUGGAAGGAAAAGAAACCAAGGAGCUAAGAGAGUUGGUUUGCAAACAUCCAAAUCUGGUGGUGAUGCAGUUAGAUGUCACUAAACUUGAAAGCAUCCAGGCCGCUCAGAACGAAGUGCAGAAAUGUGUCGGCGAAGGUGGGCUGACCAUCCUAAUCAACAAUGCCGGCACUUGGGACUUCAACGAUCUGCAAACUGAAGUUGUCAAGGAUAUAACGAACGUAUAUGCUGUCAAUACCAUUGGGCCACAACAAAUGAGUCAGGCAUUCCUACCCCUGCUGAAGAAGGCAGCCCUGAGAAGCCCAUGUCAAGGGCUGAGCAGUAGCAAGGCAGCUAUUAUUAACAUGUCCAGCGUUGGAGGCUCAAUUGAACUUAUGGCUUAUUGGGACCAAUAUCAAAUAAUUGGAUACCGCUGCUCUAAGGCUGCUUUGAAUAUGCUCACCAGGUGCCAAUCUCACGACGAUCAAGCCAGUGGGAUUAUCAGCAUUGCCAUCCAUCCUGGCUCAGUUAAAACAGAUAACAAUCGGAUUCCGGAAAUCAGUGUGGAAGAGAGCACACAAGGCAUCAUGACGGUACUGUCCAAGCUUUGUGAAGAGGACAAUGGGGCCUUUGUGGAUUGGUUGGGUCGCCCACUUCCCUGGUGAUCCAUU